GCGGCGUCCGUCAUCAACAGCAUGGCGAGCUCCAGUGGCGUUACGUUGGACGGAGACUUGAUGAGAUAUGCUGAAUAUACACCAAAAUCUAACAUGAAGAGUGAGACAGAUAUUGACAGACGCCUUGGUGGCGCUCUGAUGGCAGUGGGGUUAGGGGUUGCUGCAGCAGGUUUUGCAGGUCGAUAUGCUUUCCAUUUAUGGAGGCCUCUUGGUCAAGUUAUUACCGAAACUGCAAAGAAGUUCCCCUCUUCGUCAUUUUCCGCAUAUUACAAAGGUGGAUUUGAGCAGAAGAUGACCAGACGGGAAGCCAGCCUCAUUCUAGGGAUCAGUCCGACCAGCACUAAGACAAAGGUACGGGAAGCCCACAGAAGGAUCAUGGUCCUAAAUCAUCCAGAUAAAGGUGGAUCCCCAUAUUUGGCAGCAAAGAUCAAUGAAGCAAAAGAUCUGCUUGACUCUGGCCCUCGGCGCUGACCUGCUGCCUUCACCAGCCCAGCAGAGAGUUACAUCUACUUCACUGCCGCCAACUCACCCAGAGCCUCCACAGCUCGCUCUUCAUCUCCACGUUUUCCUGCCAUAACUCAGCCGACUCUGUUGUAUCUGUCACUAUUCCUCACCGAUACUAAAUGCAAGUCGGCAAAGGUUGGUCAAUCAUGUUAAAGGAUCUUCUUGUGAAACACUUCUGAACACAAAGUUUAAGAGAAUAGUCCACCUAAAAAUGGAAAUUGUCAUUGUUUACUCACCCUUUACUUGUUUUUGAAGUGUUCUUCACUGUUGAACACGAACAAAGAUAUUUUGAAGAAUGCUGAUAACAUGUAACCGUUAACUUCCAUAGUAGGAAAAACAAACAUUAUGGAAGUCAAUGGUCACGGGUUUUCUGCUUUCUCCAAAAUAUCUUCUUUGGUGUUCAACAGAAUAAAGAAACUCUAUAAGGUUUAAAACCACUUGUAAAUAGUGAGUACAUUUAAAUUUUGGGGUGAACUAUCGCUUUAACUCUACUAAAGUGAACUUGUUUAUUUAUUAAGACGGGACUGUAAGAUUCAAGCUCAUUUAAACCAUUUGCCUAUAGGAAAUUGUAAAUUUAUUUUACAAUCUAUCUCACUGUUGUUAUAGAACACUCAGACAACAAUUAAACUCUUUCUUUUG